UGCCGCCGAAGAGCCGCUAAGGCUGCGUGCGCGGUGCGGAAGGUAGCCAAGGGUAACACGGUCCGUGAAGUGGACGGGUUGUCGUCCGCGCCCUGUCAAGUACCGCGGAGUAGGUGAUGAACUUGUCGGCUCCCAGCGGCCUUCCUUCCUCCGGCUGUCGCCGCCAUUAUGUCCGUCACCGCCACUAUAGAACAGGAGUUCCAGGAGAUCGACGCUGCUAACGGCUGGCAGCCCCGGUACCUGGAUAUUCGGCACCAGUCCAGUGAUUAUUCACAUAGAGUUGCAAAGUAUGCAGAAAAUCGAAAUCGUAAUAGGUACAGAGAUGUUAGCCCAUAUGAUCACAGUCGUGUAAUACUCCAGAAUACAGACAAUGAUUACAUCAAUGCAAGCUUGGUGGUUAAUGAAGAAGCGCAGAGAAAUUAUAUAUUAACACAGGGUCCACUUCCUAAUACAUGUUGCCAUUUCUGGCUAAUGGUAUGGCAACAAAAGACCAAAGCUGUUGUCAUGCUAAACAGAAUUGUUGAGAAAGAUUCGGUGAAAUGUGCACAGUACUGGCCAACAAGAGAGGAGGAACAAAUGAUGUUCGAAGAAACAGGAUUUUGUGUCAGGUUAAAAUCUGAAGAUGUCAAAUCCUACUAUACAGUACGCCAACUUCAACUAGAAAACCUCGAUACUUGUGAGACCAGGAUGAUAUUCCAUUUUCAUUAUACUACAUGGCCCGACUUUGGAGUUCCUGAAUCCCCAGCUUCAUUCUUCAACUUCUUGUUUAAAGUCAGAGAGUCUGGAUCCCUGAGUCCUGAACAUGGGCCAGCAGUCAUUCACUGUAGUGCUGGAAUUGGGCGCUCGGGUACAUUUUCAUUGGUAGACACAUGCCUUAUCUUGAUGGAAAAAAGAGAAGACCCACUUUCUGUAGACAUAAAGCAAGUUUUAUUGAAUAUGAGAAAAUAUCGAAUGGGGCUUAUUCAGACUCCAGAUCAGCUAAGAUUUUCAUACAUGGCUGUAAUAGAAGGAGCAAAAUACAUAAUGGGUGAUUCUACUAUACAGAAUCGGUGGAAGGAACUCUCAAAAGAGGACCAGGCACCAAGUUCUGAACGCUCUCCUCCACACCCAACCAGACUAACUACAGGGAGGCACAAUGGGAACAGAGUGGGAUUAGAAAACCAGGAGCAAAGUGAGAACAUUAUAAAUACUGACAUGUCUUCUUCAAUACAAAAUACUGCAGAUCCAAGCGCUGACACGGCUGUUCGGAAAAGGCUAAGAGACGACAGGAAAGCUAACACAGCACAGAUGGUGCAGCAGAUGAAGCAUAAGCUGAGUGAGGCUGAACGAAAAAGGAAAAGGUGGUUAUAUUGGAAACCUAUUCUCACUAAGAUUGGGUUUGGUUCAGCCAUUUUCAUUGGAGUUUAUUCUUGCUGGAAAUUGUACUUCCAAGGUGCUCUCAUGCCGAGAGUGACCGACACCUAGAGCUCCAAGACUUGUGAAUAUUCUGCAGCUAAAAAUUAUAUACUUUUGGCAUGCAAAGCAGGACAUGACCCCUCUUCAGGAACAAAACUGAGGUCUGAGCAAUACACAAGUGGCCUCAUAACUAUCUGUUUACAACGUAAACAACCAGGGAAUGAAGUACAUCACCAGCAAAAGACUUUGCAAAAUGAAAUUUGUCUUAAGUGUUUUAUGCUUGUAUUAACUGUAGAGAGAUGUAAGAGAUCACAUUAGAAAAUACUUUGUACUGCCAUUCUUAUUGUAUUUUUUAUACUUUUGGCAGCAUUAAAUAUUUUUUUUAAUUGACA